AACGCCUGACAACAAGUUUUGGAAACGGAACGAUCAUUGGAGAAAUGUCUGUUUCUUUCUCGAACACCACCCUGAGAGUUCCUCAUGGGUUUGCCAACAUCCUAGAGGGACUGACCAAAGAGGUACUGAGAGAUCAGCCUGAAGACAUCCCUACCUUCGCUGCACAAUACUUUACAGCACUUCUUCAGAAAAGAGAGGAAAGUGGCCUUGAUCCAGCAAAAUGGGGUGCGCUGAUGGAGCACAGGUUCUCCAACAAUGACACAUCCAAUGAUGCAGUAAACCAGGAAAAGUGCAGCUCAGCUGAAGAAACCGGAAACUCUGUAUAUGAAGACAGAGUUUUUCAAGCUGAUUCAUUUGAAAAUACUGAAGACAAAAUUACCCAGACUGCACAGAUCUCCUCCCCUUCACCUGAGGCCCUUGAUGCCUCUAAAGACAUUGUAGAUCUACCGGAUCCACAGGCAAACAAUGAGCUAAAUGAGUCUGAGGACAAAUCAGGAGAAACUGAUUCUGAGCUCAGUCUGGAGUUUUUAUAUCGGAGAACUGCAGAUGUUGACAUAUGUGCUGAAGAGCUUAAAACUAUGGAAACGGCUGAGGAGCAAAUGAUUGAAAAUAUACAGGAGGCUGCCAGUGAAGCAAAUGAAACAGCAGAAAAAGAUCUCGAGCCUGUAACCCUGUCAUCAUAUCGUGGCCUCACAGAUAUAGAUGUGUGUGCUGAAGAACUGCAAUCUACUUUGCAUGAAGAAGAGCACACAGAGGGCAGCGGAGACAAUACUGUGAGUGAUGCAGCUCUUAUUCCACCUUCAGAAAGUCCAGAUCCUGUCCUAGUCGAGCAAGGUGUCCUAGAUAUCCAUGAUGAAUUCACUCCUCCUGGUACUGAGGCUACAUUAUAUGCUGAACAGGAUGUUGAUAAAGAAAUAAAUGACAUUUCCUAUUAUGAAAAAACUGUUGCUUCCCCUGUUAAAGAGGAUGAAAUAGAAGAGCCUGGUCAUCUUUCUGCGGGUGUCAGCGAAAUGACUAACACUUUGUUUGAUGAUGCAGGGCCAGAGAUUCAUGAUGUUGAUCAGCAUCAUCUAAAUGAAGGAGCUGAAAGUCUCAGUCUGUCAGAAGAAGUGAAAACUUUUGAUGAAAACCAGCAAGCAAAUGACAUUUUGGCAGCUGAAGCUAUGAGUGAAUCAUCGUUCAUUCUGGAAAAAGCCAGUCUAGCAGACAGGAGCAACAAAGAUAGAGCAGGACUGGAGGAUUUGGUGGAUGUAGCUUCUGACGUCCAGGAAGAAAAUAACAAUUGUGAAAGUGUCACUGUGGCCACUGAUGAAAAAGAUUCUCAGAGCGAUAUGCAAGAAGAUCAGACAUAUGAUGAUAAACAGACUGACCCCCAAGAUAUACCUGAAAUGAUCCCUGUGGGGGAUAUGGAAGGCCUAGUGGACAGUAACCUUAACAUUUCAGCUGAGGACAUGAACACUAGAUCAUCUCAGCAGGAUGUAAAUGAGGUUGAGGAUACCAGUGAAGUAAAUAAUAGUGUGAAUGCACCUGAGACACAGGAGGACAAUUUGUUUUAUACUACGGUCACUCAUGAAUCUAAAGGAACUCUUCCAGUUCUUACAUCCGAGGAAACUGAGCAGGACAUGGAGGUCAACUAUAAACAAUCUGCUCAAGCUUCACAAGAGCACACAGAAAAACCCGAGCCAGCUACAGAUUACGAAGAGUCUGAACAACAAGAGGACAAGGUCCAUGAAUCCAUGCUUGAAAGUGGGACCAAGGAGGUGGAACAACAGGAGGAGAGCAGCCAGCCACAGGAGGAAGAGGACAUCAUGGACAUCCCCCUGGAUGACCCAGAGGCCAACAAGGCAGCUGCCAAGAUCCAGGCUGGGUUCCGUGGCCAUAUGACCCGGAAGAAGUUGAAACCCGGUGAUAAACCCGGGGAGGAGGUGAGCAGCACUGGUGAGACGCUCAACGGAAGCCAGGGGGACGCAGACACAAAUUACCUCAGAAAAAGUUAAAUGGUGGAGUAUAACACAGUAUCUGCAAUGAAUACCAUCAGGGGGAUCAGAAGGAGUAGAGACAGAUGAGACGUCCGUGCCAGAGCAGUGAGGAUUCUUCACUCUGGGGACAGCAGUUCCUGGAGACAUACCUUUUUAUGUAGAGACAAGCAUUAGUUGUAGGUCGGAUCUCUCAUCUAAAAUAUGAUCGCUCCUCUCUCUCUCUCUCUCUCUCUCUCUCUUUCUCUCUCUCUACCUAUUUCUCUGUUUUCUCCUCUUUUUCUUAAUUUCCUGCUUCUAAUCCAGUCUAAGGAGAAAUAACCGUCCCAAACCAGCAUGCAUUUGCAUCUCACUGGGCAUGAACUUGGUGCAUUUGUUAUUCUUCCUAAUUGUGUGCUAGUCCAAAUGUUGGUGUGAAAGCGAAAAGGAAUGCCCGUAAGAGUUUAACACGUACUGCUCGACUCGAGAUAUAUUUUAGACUUGAAAUGAUGUAUCACAGCUGUCUUUUGUAUUUGCUAUAUGCUUGAAGGUUUGCCAAUGGUGGUUAUUAUUAUGUAGUAUGCAUUAUGUCAUUAUGUUUAAAUACUUUAGGAUUUUGUGUGUGUGCGUGUGUCUAUAAUUUAUUGAAUGCUAAUCUAUAUUUAUUGCUCUUACAAAUCUGCUUUAACUUAUGAUAAUCUGUUAAAUGUUUGCUUUGCUCCCUUUAAUAUAUUUAACUUCUCUGUAGAAUCGGAUGAAAAAAGAAAAGAAAUCAGAGCUUCCAAAACAGCAGUUAGCAUGGCUGGCCUUCUGUUCAUUCUUCUCCUUUUCUUUUUUCUUUUUUUAAUAAUCAAAUUGCUGUAUUUCAAGGAGUUCAAGAAUUUUGAUUUUAUUAGGAAUGUAUGUUUUAUUAAUGGUUAUAAAGAUCAUUGCAUGUACACAAUGGAUUGAAGCAUCAACAGUAAACCGAAUAAAAAGCUCUGAAGUGUA